AUGGAUCGACCGUUUACCCAGAAAUUUCUCCCUCCUUACUUUAAAUAUCCGGUAUUCGCUUUUUGUGGCUUCGAACUAUUAUUGUCGGCUUGCGUCUUGGCCAUCUCUGAAGCCUAUUACAGGAAGGGGACGAUCAUCUUGCCCAUCUCAUACGAUAUGUUUCAGGAUACUCUACGAAAAGAGGUGCCGAAUUUCGAGUGGACCGACACGAUGCGAUCACAACUUGAACUGUACCGCUUCAAGUUGAUGGUUUUGUGGGCAAUCUCGGCAAUUGGUGUGACAAUCUCGAUGCUUUACGUGAUCCCGCAAUUCUUUGACUACAAUGAUAAACGCGGGAAUCGGAGUCAAUUGUGUCUAGUGAGGCGACGACUCGGCUGGAUUCUCUUCUUCAUCAUGGCCGCCUAUGUAACGAUUUUUGGUCUAGCAAUAAUCUGGGCUUGGUGCGGGUGUCGAUCGAGCUAUCAGCUGUUUCACGAGAAAUUCGAGGCUUGUCAAAAGGAAGAGCAAUACUUGGACCAAAUCGAGAAAGGCUUCAAAUGCGUGAAUGAUGAUGAUAGAGAGGUCGAUGAUCCCGCGAAUAGAUGUUACUUCCAAGCGCAAAGCUCAUUCUUGAAUCCUUUAUGGAUGGACGCGAUUCUGAUCGCGUAUUUCCUCGGACACGCGCUCGUCAUUUUGCUCAUCCCGGUGCUCAAUAAACAGUUGAUCAAGGACGACGACGAGGACAGUCUCUACGGGGUGAAAGAGGAGGAAAAGGAGAGUCUCGAGGCU